AUGCUACUGCGUUUCGAGUCCAAGUUUGGUCAAUUUCGACUGAACGUCGAGCCCUCAGACACAUUCGGGGCUCUCCAGAGUAGGAUCCUAGCGAACCUAGCUCCCAACGCCGACCCCUCAUCUGUCAUACUUAGCAACAAGCCAGUCAGUUCAACAGCCAACACAGAACGUGAGAGAAGAUUAGCAGACCUUCCCAAGGUUCAGGUACAACAAGUCGGCCUCAAACAUGGCGACAAACUCUUUAUCGGCUUCAGCGAACAGGAGCAACUUUCGAAUGGGCAUGCGAAUGGCACCGUGUCAAAUGCACCACGAAAACUCAAUGGCACCAUCGCCAUACCCGAGCCCUCGGUCCCUGUCAUAGCACCCGAUGUUGCUUCCCCAACAUUAGUCAAGAAUCCUUGGGAGGCUGUUAGACAGACUCCUCUGGACGAUCGACUGGACAAGAAGGAUGGCAAAAUCAAAAGACCUCGGGAUCACAAGAUGUGCCGACAUGGGCCAAAGGGCAUGUGCGAUUACUGUCAACCUCUCGAACCUUACGAUCAAAAGUACCUCGACGAGAAGAAGAUCAAGCACCAGUCUUUCCACUCGCACUUGCGCAAGAUCAACCUAGCCACGAACAAACCAGAACUCAAGAGUUCCUAUAUGCCACCCUUAUCAGAACCAUACUUCCGAGUCAAGAAAGACUGUCCCUCAGGGCACCCACCAUGGCCAGAAGGCAUUUGCACCAAAUGUCAACCGAGUGCAAUCACUCUGAAGCCCCAAGAGUUUCGCAUGGUCGAUCAUGUCGAGUACGCAUCUGCCGAUAUUGUUGACAAAUUCAUGGAUUUCUGGCGCAAGUCGGGUGCGCAGCGCAUUGGCUUUCUGUAUGGACGUUACGAAGAAUAUGAAGAAGUGCCGCUAGGAGUCAAGGCUGUCGUCGAGGCCAUCUACGAACCACCUCAGAUGGGCGAAAUUGAUGGCGUCACUCUACUCGAAUGGGAAAAUGAAAAAGACGUCGAUGAAGUCGCGCGUCUCUGUGGCCUGGAGCGGAUCGGUGUCGUCUUCACCGACUUGAUGCCCCCGGAAGAUGGCGAAGGUCAGGCUGUGUGCAAGCGACACAUCGACUCCUUCUUCCUCUCAUCACUCGAGAUCGCUUUCGCGGCCAGAUACCAGGCCAAGUACUCCAAGCCCUCCAAAUGGAGUGAAACUGGUCGCUUUGGGUCAAACUUUGUCACCUGUGUAGUCACAGGAGACGAAGAUGAGACCAUCACGAUCAAAGCUUACCAGGCGUCCAACUCAGCAGUGGAAAUGGUGCGAGCCGACAUUGUGGAGCCGUCAGCAGACCCAUCCGUAAUGUUGGUGCAGUCAGAGGAUGAUGAAAGCAUAACGGGCAAGGCUCGAUACAUUCCGGAUGUGUUCUACCGCCGCAUCAACGAGUACGGUGCCAGCGUCCAAGAGAAUGCGAAACCCAGCUUCCCCGUCGAGUACCUACUGGUGUCAUUAACAGCCGGCAUGCCCAUCAACCCAAGGCCAAUGUUCUCGCGGAACACGUUCCCGAUCGAGAACCGCGAGGUUGUGGCGGCAGGACAAGAUCCACGCGACGUUGCCAAGCAGUUGCGAAGCUCAAGCGAAGAAAUCCAAGCGGUGUCCGACUUCCAUCUGCUGUGUUAUCUCCAUGGCAUGUCAGUGCUGAGCAAGGAGGAAGAAGCAAUGCUUUGCAAGGUAGCGGCCGAGCACGACGUUGCAGACGCGAUGCAACUGGCGCAUUCGUCCGGAUGGAAAACGCUCAUGGCAAUCCUGGACAACUAUGGUGAGCGGCCCCUUAAGCGUUCAUGGCUUUCUGCGACAGACGAAGACAUUCAACGGUCGAGCAGCCCUUCGGAACAGCUUGCUAAGCGAUUCAAGCAGGCUAGGAUUCAACCCUGA